AUGCCGGCGCCGGACGCGGCGGCGAGGCACACGGGCGCCGGCGUGGCGCGUCGGCAGGCCCACCACGAGCGGAUGCGCGACGAGCGCGCUCGGGAAGCGGCCGCGGGCGACGCGGAGCUUCCGCCGGAGGACGACGCGGUCGAGAUGGCGAGCGCCGCCCACGUGCUGGACAGCGUGGCGGAGGUGGGCCCGAACUACACCCUGCUUCAAGGAGACGAAGGCGAAGCGGCGGAAGCGAAAGCGCGAGGAUACCACCUUCAUAAGGCAAACCGAAUUACUGUGCUGCGCCCGGGGCCGCGGAUUUGCAGUCAGGGGCAGAGCCUCAUAUAA